UUAGCCAUUGUAUGCCCACUUGAAUGGGUACCAACAAAGGGGCCUUCAUACGUCGGAGUCCACUUGAGUACCAGAUCACCCCAAGGGGCCUUCAUACUUUUGAGUUUGUUGUGUUGUUGCAUCUUGUCACUUUCUACCCAUGAAACAUAUGCUAUCUCUUGCCAAUCAAUGUGAUGAAUUAUAUUGAGUUUGGGUGUGGUUUCAAGGCAUUUUUGGGACUGGUUUUGUGAGGUUAUUAUGCAGAAUUUUAGCUUGUUCCAAUUACACCAUUUUGUCCAUCUCAUAACUCAUGGAAUUUGCCAUUUUCUUACACUUUUGACAUGAAAAUUGAUAUGUUUGGUUGUUGGUUGACUUCAAGUGAUUAUAUGGUCUGAUUAAAGGCUAAUAGAUGUGUUAGAGGUGCUGAAUUGUUCUGUUUCACUUGUUUGGUGCAUUUCUACGUGUUUUGAGCUUACGCGCGCGGUAUGUCGGCUUUAUCAAAUUGGUCAUAUCUUUUGAUUUAGGAAGAGUUUUUGAGCAUGUGAAUAAUGUUUUUCAUACGUAAUAAUAUUUUCGGAGCUGUUUGUACAGUUUAUUUUCGGUUUCGGCCGACCUUUUUUACCGUUUUCACUACUGCCCCUGUUCCGAAAGUCGUGCUUCCGAGCCGACUUUGUAAUUUCUGAUUGCAUAUUUGACUUCUUUAGCACGUUUUAACCUUGCAAUAAAAUUUUGGUUUAAUUCUGACGAGUUUAGUUUUCACUGUUUUUACCCGGUUUUGCCGUUUCGGUGUACCGUUGUGCAUGUAAAUACUUGUGUUGGCUUCCGUAGUUUUAGUGUACAUAUUUGAUUUGUUUUUGAAUACUAUCUCAUGUUUCUUAUUCACUUUUGUUAUGUUUUCACUUUCUAUUCCGUUAUCCAUUUCCGGUUCACCUUAUAAUUCAAUAGCGCAAUUCCGAUUGCGGUGUCUUGUUAUCUCUAACGUGUGUGCUAGUAUGCAAGGCAACAUGGAGGCUCUGGUCGAUGCCCGCUCUCGUGUUCCGCUUUAUUUGCGGGACACGACAUUUAUCCUCUCUCUGAUUCGCGUUUCUACACGCAUCCUUUAUCAUUAUUCUUGCUUGUCCGGAUUUCUGUUUCCCUUGCAGGUGUAUGGUAUUCGUUGUGCCUGAUGCACACGUUGGCGCGUGAUUUACUUUCAUCGCGCCGAUUCUUGAUUGCUUAUGCGGAUUUUAAUCGGAGUGCUGACAUGUUUGCUGUUGCUUUUGCUAGCUCGCUCGCGGGAUCCUAGUUUACUCGCUCUCUUCGCUUCAGUUUACGGAUCAUCAUCCGUUUGAAGGAGUUCUAAGACGGCUAAUCACCCGUAUCCGACUAGGAGCAAUCAGAGAAGGCAGAUGGAACAGAUUCAGGAACAGAUGGCUGAGAUGAGAGCUCAAUUGACAGAGCAGAUGAACGCGCAGAUGGCGCAGUUUAUGGAAGCAUUGACUAAUGUGACCAAGGGGCAGGAUGACUUGCGAGUUCUCGUCGAGAGCUCCAGAAGGAAUGAGAAUGGAGGACAUCGAGGGCUGUUUGACGAUGUGUCUGGCAGGAUUGACGAUCACCAUGAUCCGAAUGAGUUUGAUCACGUGGGAGGGCACUAUAAUCCUUUCAAUCAGCAUCACGGGUUUCCACCUCCACCUCCGUCUCGUCUGUUGGGAAGGAGAGAUAAUCAGAACCGUGGUAAUUUGGAUUUCAAUGUUGAAAACUUUGAUCAGGUAUCGAGGCAUAGUGUUGAAGGUGCGCAUGAUGAGGUUGAAAGGUAUCGUCUGAUUGAAGAACGUCUCAGGGCGGUUGAAGGCAAAGGGGUGUUGGGCAUGGAUAUCAAUGACUUGGGGCUGGUUCCUGGUGUGAGGAUUCCACCGAAAUUCAAAGUUCCAUCUUUUGACAAAUACAAUGGGGCGACUUGUCCCAUGACUCAUGUCAAAGCAUACUAUCGCAAGAUGUCAGUUUAUUCAGAGGAUGAGGGUUUUCUAAUGCAUUUCUUCCAGGAUAGCUUGGCUGGGGCUUCUUUGGAAUGGUAUGUUCAACUCGAGCGCACUCAUAUCCAUUCUUGGAGAGAUCUUGUGGAGGCUUUCAUUAAGCAUUAUCAGUAUAAUGUUGACAUGGCGCCGAAUCGAACUCAACUUCAGAGUUUGGUUCAAGGUCCUAAAGAUUCCUUCAAGGAGUAUGCUCAGAAAUGGCGUGAGUUAGCUGCGAGGGUUCAGCCGCCAAUGACUGAACGUGAGAUGAUUGACAUGUUUACCAGUACUUUGUCUGGACACUACUACUUGGCUUGUAGUGCUUCAGCAAACUUUUCUGAAAUGGUGAGAUAUGGCGAGCGUGUUGAAAUGGGCCUCAAGAUGGGGAAAAUUCAGUUGGGAGCUUCUUCUAACUCCACUGGUGGUAAGAAGCAAACUGAAGGUUAUGCCAGAAGGAAAGAAGGCAAUGCAGAUGCCAUAUAUGGAAGAAGAGGUUCAGGGAGAAAUAAUUCACAGGUUAAUGCUGUCAUGAUCCCAGUACCACAACAACAACAUCAGCAGGGACAGCGUUCCAGUAAUGAUCGCUAUCCUCCCAGGACUAGGCCUCACAGAAAGAUUGAUCCGAUUCCUAUGACCUAUGCUCAGGUGCUGCAACAUUUGCUUAAGAUUGAAAAGAUUACUUUGAGAGAUGCUCCGAAUGCUCCGGACACACAAUCUCCGAAUUACAAUGCGAAUGCACGAUGUGCUUUUCAUUCAGGUGCUGCUGGGCAUGAUACCGAGAGGUGUAUUGCGUUAAAGAACAAAGUCCAAGAUUUGUUGGACCAAAAGAUUAUUCAGUUCACUCCUACACCCAAUAUUGUCAAUAAUCCGAUGCCUGCUCACGGAGGUUCGGGUGUGAAUGCCAUUGAGAGUGAAGAGAUAAGGGUUGUAUCUGAAGUGAGCUGUUUGAAUUUUCCUCUUGUAUCUGUGAAGCAACAUCUGAUUAAUAGCGGUGUCUUCCCGGGCUGUGGUGUUGAUUGUGAGAAUUGCAAAAGUCAACCUGAAGGUUGUGCUGAUUUGAAAGGUAUGGUACAAAAGCUGAUUGACGAGGGUCCUCUUCAGUUCUAUCGAAGGUUGAGAGGUGCGAAGAGUAAGGAUGGUGAAGUGUCUGUGAUCUCAAUUCCUUAUGAUCCAGUUGUUCCAAUAUGUAUUCAGGUGCCUAUUCAGAUACCUGUCAGUAUCCCGUAUGAGGAACAACCAGCGGCGUUGAUGAUUACGGUGCCAGGGCCUAUUCCAUAUGAGAGUGAGAAGGCCAUCCCUUGGCAUUAUGGUUCAGACGUAUAUUACUAUGGCACGAAGGAAGAAGGCGAGCCAUCUAAAGAGAAGUUUGUUGAGGCCUCAGUUGCAAACACUGAUAACUUCGCCGGUACUGGUAGGAUCACUCGCAGUGGUAGGGUGUUCUCCCCUCAGCUUGUUCAAAACAAUGCAGAUGCUUUGGCUAAGGCCAAAGGAAAACAAGUAGUGCCCGAUGUCCAGAACUCUCCGAUUCAGAGUGGGGCACCUGAUAGUGCUGUGUCUUCCAAGGAUGUGGAGGAAUUAUUGAGAAUCAUCAGGAAGUCUGAUUACAAAGUUGUUGAGCAGUUGGGUCAGACCCAGUCAAAGAUUUCCAUCUUGCAACUGCUGAUGUGUUCAGAAGGUCAUAGAGAUGCUCUCUUGAGAAUCUUGAAUGGUGCUUACGUCCCGCAUGAAAUAUCUGUGAAUCAGUUAGAGGCGGUGGCCAAUAAUAUCUCCGCUGGGAACGGUUUGGGAUUUACGGAUUGUGAUCUUCCUCCAGAAGGGAGAAACCAUAACAAGGCUUUGCAUAUUUCGAUUGAGUGUAAGGGGACGACUUUGUCCCGUGUUCUGGUUGAUACUGGGUCUUCUUUGAACGUGCUUCCCAAAUCGGCUCUAAUGAGAAUUGACUAUGCCGGUGUGGAGUUAAGGCCUAGUGAGUUGGUAGUGCGCGCCUUUGAUGGUUCAAGGAGGUCUGUUUUCGGAGAGGUAGAUCUACCAAUCCAGAUUGGUCCUCAGAUCUUUACUACAACCUUUUAUGUGAUGGAUAUUCAACCUGCUUACUGUUGUCUGUUGGGACGACCGUGGAUUCACAAGGCUGGUGCUGUGACAUCCACUCUUCAUCAGAAGUUGAAGUAUCCGAUUGACGGUAAAGUAGUUACAGUUUGUGGUGAGGAAGAUUAUAUCGUGAGUCACUUGUCCUCUUUCCGAUAUGUGGAGAUCGAGGGUGAAAUACAUGAGACGCCUUUCCAAGCGUUUGAAGCUGUAAAUGCUGUGAGAACUCCUCCUUAUGAGAUAACGAAGCCAGAAACGAUUAUGUCUUCUCUGAAAGACGCUCAGGUUGUUGUUGAGACUGGAAAGGUGGAAGGCUGGGGGCAAGUAAUUGAUGUGCGUCCCAAAUUUGACAAGAAUGGUCUUGGUUUCAGUCCUGGAAAGCGUAUCGCAUCGCCAAAGCCUAAUAUCCUUAGCCCGAUCAAGUUUGUGAGUGGUGGUGUCAUUCAAGAUGGCCAGGUUAAUGCCAUUGUCAAUGGCGAGGAGGUGGAUAGUGACUGUGAUUUUGAUAGCUGGAUUCGUCCAAGUAUUCCUGGGGAGAUGCCUCGCAACUGGACAAUUGAAGAUGUCAUCCAAGUUACACAAGCUCAGGAAUGUUCCACUACCACGGAUUUCAUUGGUAACAGUUCCGCUAUUGCUUAUUAUGAUUUUGACAAUCCGAUCUACCAAGCCGAGGAGGAAGCUUAUGAAGAUUGUGAUCUCCCCGAUGAGUUGGCCAGAUUGUUGAAACAAGAAAAGAAAGCGAUUCAGCCGCAUCAAGAGGUAAUCGAGAUGGUAAAUGUUGGUACUAAAGAGCAAGUUCGAGAAGUCAAGAUAGGGGCUGCGCUUGAGAAUAGUGUGAAGCAGAGGCUUAUUACUAUGUUGAAAGAGUAUGCGGAUAUCUUUGCUUGGUCCUAUGAGGAUAUGCCUGGUCUCGAUACAGAUAUUGUGGUACAUCGUCUACCUCUCAAGGAAGAUAGUCCUCCUGUCAAACAGAAGCUUCGAAGGACUCGCCCAGAUAUGUCUGAGAAGAUUAAGAAAGAGGUUGAGAAACAAUUUGAUGCUGGCUUUCUGCAAGUUGUGAAUUACCCGCCAUGGGUUGCGAAUAUUGUUCCUGUGCCUAAGAAGGACGGAAAGGUCAGGAUGUGUGUGGACUACAGAGAUCUUAAUAGGGCGAGUCCAAAGGAUGAUUUUCCUCUUCCUCACAUUGAUGUGUUGGUAGAUAAUACUGCUCCUUUCAAAGUGUUUUCCUUCAUGGAUGGCUUCUCUGGGUACAAUCAGAUCAAGAUGGCACCAGAAGACAUGGAGAAAACAACGUUUAUCACACCAUGGGGAACUUUCUGCUAUAAAGUCAUGCCUUUUGGGUUGAAAAACGCAGGGGCAACGUAUCAGCGUGCCAUGGUGACUCUUUUUCACGACAUGAUUCACAAAGAGAUUGAAGUGUAUGUCGACGACAUGAUUGCAAAGUCUCACACUGAAGAAGAGCACUUGGUUCACUUGCAGAAAUUGUUUGAAAGGCUUCGGGAAUUCAGACUGAGGUUGAAUCCGAACAAAUGCACUUUCGGAGUGCGAUCCGGAAAGUUGUUGGGCUUUGUUGUUAGUGGAAAAGGUAUUGAGGUCGAUCCUGCGAAAAUAAAAGCUAUACAAGAGAUGCCUGAGCCGAGAACAGAAAAAGAGGUUCGUGGUUUCUUAGGGAGAUUGAACUACAUUGCUAGAUUCAUCUCUCAUCUUACGGCCACUUGUGAACCAAUAUUCAAGUUGCUAAGAAAGGAUCAGACGGCCAGGUGGAAUAAUGAUUGUCAAAAAGCAUUCGAAAAAGUGAAAGAGUAUCUGCAGGAACCUCCGAUACUAAUGCCUCCAGUUCCAGGAAGACCUUUGAUUAUGUACCUCACAGUUCUUGAAAAUUCAAUGGGAUGUGUGCUGGGUCAACAUGACGAGUCUGGCCGAAAAGAGCAUGCAAUAUACUACCUUAGCAAAAAGUUUACCGACUGUGAAUCCCGAUACUCACUGCUCGAGAAAACUUGUUGUGCUUUGGUGUGGGCUGCUCGCCGGCUGAGGCAGUAUAUGUUGGUUCACACCACUUUGUUGAUUUCCAAGAUGGAUCCUAUCAAGUAUGUUUUUGAGAAGCCCGCUCUUUCCGGAAGAGUAGCCAGGUGGCAAAUGAUUUUGACUGAAUAUGAUAUCCAGUAUACUACCCAGAAAGCCAUCAAAGGUAGUGUGUUGGCGGAUUAUCUUGCGCACCAGCCGGUCGAAGAUUAUGAACCGAUGAAGUUUGAAUUCCCCGAUGAGGAUGUGUUGUACAUCAGAGAUUGUAACAUUCCCGGACCGGAGGAAGGACCCGAACCAGGAUCGCGAUGGACGCUCGUGUUCGAUGGUGCCUCUAAUGCACUCGGGAAUGGUGUUGGAGCUGUAAUUACUUCUCCUUCAGGUUUUCAUAUUCCAUUUACAGCUAGAAUCUGUUUUGAUUGCACUAAUAAUAUGGCUGAGUAUGAAGCCUGCAUUUAUGGUAUCGAAGCUGCGAUCGAUUUGCGAAUCAAAUACUUGAAAGUUUAUGGGGAUUCCAAUCUUGUCAUUAGCCAGAUCAAUGGAGAUUGGGAAACUCGCCAUCAGAAUCUGAUUCCGUACAGGGAGCAUGUGAUGAGACUCAUUCCGUAUUUUGAUGAGAUCACAUUCGAGCAUAUUUCUAGAGAAGAGAACAAUCUUGCUGAUGCUCUCGCUACCUUGGCUUCCAUGUUCAAAGUGAAAUGGGCCAAUGAAGCGCCUAACAUCACCAUCAAUAGGUUGGAUGAGCCGGCAUUUUGCUUUGAGGCUGAUGUUGAGUUGGAUGGUAAUCCCUGGUAUCAUGAUAUCAAAAAGUUCCUCGAAACUCAAGAGUAUCCUCCCGAAGCGUCGGUGACUGAUAAGAAGUUUCUGAGAAGGUUUGCAGCUAAGUUUUACCUCAACGGUGGUGUAUUGUACAAGAGGCAUCAUGACGGUGUGUUGCUCCGAUGUGUUGUGAAGGAAGAAGCUUCAAAAAUCAUAGGGGAAAUGCACGAAGGCGAGUUUGGUACCCAUUCAAGUGGGCAUACAAUGGCUAAGAAGAUCUUGAGGGCUGGUUACUAUUGGUCCACUAUGGAAACUGAUUGUCAUAACCAUGUCAGAAUUUGUCACAAGUGCCAGAUUUAUGCUGACAAAGUGCACAUGCCGCCUGUGCCUUUGAAUGUUUUGACUUCUCCGUGGCCUUUUGCAAUGUGGGGCAUUGAUAUGAUUGGAGAGAUUAAGCCUACUGCUUCUAAUGGACAUCGCUUCAUUUUGGUUGCCAUCGAUUACUUCACCAAGUGGGUUGAAGCCGCAUCUUAUGCGAAUGUUACCAAACAAGUGAUUACUCGCUUUAUCAAACACAACAUAAUCUGUCGUUAUGGGAUUCCUGAGAAGAUCAUUACUGAUAAUGGAUCGAAUCUCAACAACAAGAUGAUGAAGGAGCUUUGUGAGUCCUUCAAGAUUAAGCAUCACAAUUCUUCUCCGUAUCGUCCAAAGAUGAAUGGCGCUGUUGAAGCGGCCAACAAAAACAUUAAGAAGAUUGUGCAGAAGAUGGUAGUGACGUACCGAGAUUGGCACGAGAUGUUACCUUUCGCUUUGCAUGGUUAUCGUACCUCUGUGCGUACAUCGACUGGGGCAACUCCUUUCUCACUGGUUUAUGGUAUGGAAGCAGUAUUGCCAGUUGAAGUUGAGAUCCCUUCCUUGAGGAUUAUGAAAGACGUCGAGCUUGACGAGUCAGAAUGGGUACAAAAUCGGAUGGAUCAGUUGAACCUCAUUGAUGAAAAACGCUUAGCGGCCAUCGGACAUGGUCAGGUGUACCAAAAGAAGAUGAGGAAAGCUUUUGACAAGCGGGUGCGACCCCAAAGCUACAAGCCAGGUGAUCUGGUACUCAAGUGGACUCCGACGUAUGAAGGCCCCUUUGUUGUGCAAAAAGUAUUCUCUGGCGGCGCCAUGAUGCUUGCAACAAUGGAUGGCGAGAACUUUCCGCACCCUGUGAACGCAGAUGUAGUCAAAAAAUACUUCGCAUAGACCUGAUAAAAAAAAAGAAGAAAAGAAAAAAAAGAAGAAAAGAAAAAAAAAGAGAAAAGAAAAUGAAUCAGGCAAAAGAAUGAAAAAGAAACAAAUAUACCCGCUAAGUUGAAAACCCGAAAGGGCGGCUUAGGCAAAAAAGGGACAAAAGCGAACGACUACAUCUCGCGUGCCACCAUGGCAAUCACUCUUCAUACAUGCUUAGGGCUCCCGACGGAGGGAUAAGCAAGACUCCGUGUUCUUGAGUUUGCACCUGGCAGCUCAAAUCCCUAAAGCAUUUUCUAAUUCCAAUCGUCGUGUUUAGGGCUCCCGACCGAGGGAUAAGCAAGACUCCGUGUUCUUGAGUUUGCACCGGGCAGCUCAAAUCCCUAAAGCAUGCACAACAUCCACUCACUUUGUUUAGGGCUCCCGACCGAGGGAUAAGCAAGACUCCGUGUUCUUGAGUUUGCAUCGCUGGCAACUCAAAUCCUUAAAGGCGCUCACAAACCCCGUCGGGUCCACAAGUUUGGUGAUGUCAUAUCAAUCAGUUGUUAAAUUGGGCAGUGAUCAAUCCUAAUGAGUACGGUCUUCCAAAGCAAGGAGAUGAGAGCGUCGGAGUUAUAAAAGUGAUAGCGGGAUCGAAACCAAUGGAUAUCCGUUUCACAUUGCCAUUUCUCUCGUACUCAAUAAAUGUGUGGUUACCUCUUACUAGGAACUACUUCUGAAAAGUGUUCGCUCUUUUAUGAGCAUUCCUUUUGCAAUUAAUAAAGAUCCUUUUUAUCUUAGACAACUGUUUUCUUUUACCGUUUUGUUUGCAUAAAACGUCCUAAGUUUGUGUUAAACUUUGCAUAUGAAAACUGCAUUGCUUUUACAAUACAUGAUUAGAAAUGAAACCUUUGAAUCUACUUCGGAGUUUUGUGUAACUGGGAUGGCAGGCUAAGAUACCAUGCUAUAUCCUGGGGCAUUUGCAUUUGUUUGUCUCGCAGGUACAUGUUUGCAAGCGCUUCGUAUCAGCACAUCGGCGGACUUAAUCAUGAGAGAUUCUCACUCCCCAGCCGAGUGUUUCUUAAGGAAAGAUUCUCAUUCCUCAGCUGAGUACUUUCAGAUGGGACUUUCUUUGCUCCAGGAUUCUCAUAUCCUCAGUAAAGCACAUCUUAAUGCAUUCUCUAUGCUCCAGAAGCCUUAUUCCCGACGGAACGCUUUCUCCCCAGUUGAAUCAUGAUGGAAUGGUGUCUGAUUCCCCAGCUAGCUCUUAAUGAGGUUCCUUGCCCGAGUUCCUCGUUCUCCCCAGUAGAGCGUUUUCUCUCCCCAACAGAUUGACCUGUUCUCCCCAGGAGAGUCAUCUUAUUCCCUAGUGGAGUGAUCUUAACAAAAGAUUCUUAUGCUAAGCUCCAUUAUCCCCAGCGGAUCCCUCAUCUCCUCAGUGGAUCGUUAUGUAGAAGUAUUCAUCUUCCCCACUGAAUCUUUCCUCAGCAGAGAUUCACAUGCAUCCUCCGCAGAAUCUGUGUCCUUCAAGGAUUUUCCCCAGCGGAAUGCUUUAUUCACCAGCGAGUUGGUCACUCCCCAUCAGAGCUGUCUCCAUGACUUGCUCUUAUCUCCACAUCCCCAGAAUGUCGAGAAUUUGCUUCUCAUAUGAAGUUUCUAGGGUAUUCCCCAAACAGUCAAUUGGGAUGUUCUUAUCUUCAGGCAAGAUUUAUUCCCCAAACAGAGCUCGCAUCCAGAUUUGAUCGUCUCCAGCAGAUUUCUGAUCCAUCUUUGCCAGCUCGUAGUUGUGACCCUUGGUCACUCAUCUUGUCCUCCCCGCAGAGUUCCAUAAUCUCUCAAGGAUUUUUUUUAGCAAUUCAGUGCUCCUCCGUUGUCUCCCCAAGCAACGUUCGAAUCAUGCAUCAUUUGCAUUGCAUUCUAAAAAGCAUAUAGCGUCUUCCUUCUCGGAAACGUUAUUCCGUACACAUUCAUACAUGCAUCAUGCAUAAAUCAUAUCAUAUCUGUUUCUUUCUGCAGGAAAGUUAUCCAUAUACGAAUGCUCCCUAGAGAGCAAUACUCGCCUAAUCAUUAUGGGCGUCAUCCUGAUGUUGAGACCAGAAGAGGAUUGUCAAUUUAUUCGUUGAAGACAUUCCGUUCCCGGCGCACACAGUUCGGAUGAGAUAUCUGUCCUUAUUCUUGAUAUUCAGAUCAGUUGAAGGGACCGCCUCCGGAUCUCCCCAAGAUCUUCCUAAGGAGCCAGCCACUGAUAUCUAGAUCAGAUGGAGAUGUCUGCCUGGUUGACUUUGUCAUUCAGAAUAGGAUUGUUCUACUUAUUUUCUGACGCAGCUCAGAUCAGUUCAAAGACAUUCCUAUUCCCGAUGCCCCCAGAUCGGUGGAAGAUAUUUGUUCCUAUUCCUGAUAAAUCAGACUUUCAGUUGAAGGAACCGCCUCCGGAUCUACCAAGAUCUUCCGAAGGAGCAAGCCCUCUGAUACAUCAGAUCAGUUGGAAAUAUCUACUCCCUGACGAUUUAGUUCGUUCAGAAGAAGAAACUCGCCUGCCCAGUCCUGAUGCCUAACCAUCAGUUGAAGACGUUUUCUUUACCCGGCGUACACAGUUCGGAAGAGAUAUCUGUUCCUAUCCUAAUAUUCAGAUUCAGAUUAGUUGAAGGAACCGCCUCCGGAUCUCCCAAGAUCUUACUAAGGAGCCAGCCACUGAUAUCAUCAGAUCAGAUGGAGAUGUUUGCCUGAUUGACUUUUUCAUUCAGAUGAAGAUUGUCCUACUUAUUUUCUGGCAUCAUGUCCAGAUCAGUUUAAAGGCAUUCUUUCCCCGGCGUACACAGUUCGGAAGAGAUAUUGUUCCUAUCCUGAUUUCCAGUUCAGUUGAAGGAACCGCCUCCGGAUCCCCGUGGUCCUACGAAGGAGCUAGCCGCUAAUUCCCAGAUUAGUAGGAAUAUCUACCUGAUGAUUUAAUUGCAUCAGAAGAGAUGUCUGCCCAGAUUCCCAGAUCAUGAUUCCCAGAUCAGAGAUACUUAUUACCCGUUGAUAUUCAGAUCAACCGAUGUAUCUCCUUUGAUUCCCAGAUCGAUUUAAGACAUCUAUCCCGAUGCAUGUUCGGAGACAUUUGCUACGUCUGAUACUCAGAUCAGUCGAGAUGUUCCUUCUCUUGAUGCCCAGAUCAUUUGAAGUGUUUCCCCUUCCUGUGGGUGCCCGUUCCUCCUUUUUCACAAGUUGGAGCAUAUUUAUUAUCCAGAUCAAUUGAAGUUUUUUCUCCCUGCUUGCGGGGUGGUACAUUUCUUUCUUGUUACAAGAUGGAAUCUUCUAUUGAUCAAGAGCGCAAAUUUUCGAGUUCAUUCUGGUAUUCAAUCUCCUUCCACCUCAACGAUUCGAAACUUUCGUUUCUCGCUCGUCAGGUUCAAGAAGUUUGAAUAGGGGCAGCUGUUGCACCCCAAAAUUUGCCCUCUUUAUUUGAGCUAUAAGUUAAUAAUGACGUUUAUUUCGUCAUUCAAAAAUUGAAGAAAUAAUAAAGAGUUUUCAUGGGUUUAAGAAGAUACGGUGUGAAAAAUGGUUUAAACAGUGCAAAUACGAGAAAAUUCACAAGUCCCAUUUGGAAGGUGAUAUGAGCUAAGUUCCUGCGUAAUCUCGACUAUUUCGACGAUAUCUACAACUUUCGUGUUCGGCUCGGAAGCCAAUUUUUUGAGGAAGGUUGUCAGAUUUGCAAAUUACUUGAGGUUUUGCAGUGAAAAACGGUGUUGAAUGUAGGGUUUUCGGACAAUAAAAAAUUCAUAUCUCACAAUCCGCUCGUCGGAUUCGCUUGAAAAUUUAACUGGAGCUCCGUACUAUCAUUACCAAGAUUUUAUAUGUUCGGACCGAAGACCAAUUAUGCACCAAAAAUUCCCAGCAUUUUGAAGAACGCCUUGAUUUUUCAGUGAAAAGUGUGCUUUCGGGUAUGUCGCGCCGAGUUCGAAAAUUCAUAACUUUUUCGAUUUUUAUCGUAUGAAGUCCAUUCCGGCGGCAUUCACUCGGAAAUUUCGUUAUCUUCGAUUCUUCGUCACACGUGCUAAGUCAGAUUUCGAGCCGAAGUUUGAGUUUUAUCACGUUCUUUGAGCGGUACUCGCAAAAUUCUGCACAGUCGUACCAGAUGAACCGAUAUUUCUCGCCAUUCAAACGCGCAUAAUUUCCUCACCGUUUGUCGGAUUGAGACGAUUCUCGCAGCUACGAGUCACAAAUUUAGUCAUCUUCGAGAUGACGUUGGUCCCGUUUCCGGAUUUUGUACCGGGUCACAUUUCCCCGAAAACGAGCAAAGAAAGAGAUACGUCGGGGGCAUUUUUGACAUUUCACCACUUACCCUAUAUAAACAAUUUUCCCUCUUUUUCUCUGACAAUUUUCAUUUGACCAAAAUAAUCAGAAACUUUUCUCUCAAUUCUCGCCAAAAUUCUAUGAAUCAAAAAACGUGAAAAUACAGAAAAACUCCAACAAUUUCAAGAACUCUAUCAAGCUUCAAGAACAAUGAACACGUCACGACUCUUUGAUGAAUCUCCCUAUGCGAGUUCAUUCUGAUUGCAACUUCCCCCCAUCGCGUCGACCUUACGCCGGUCCUAUUUUUACCGCUGACAGCCACGUGCAGCCGUGAGUCCGAGCCAAGCCACUAUCGCACCUUCUCCGAUCACCGUAAUUUCACCAACAGUGCUUCUUGCUGUAGCGAUUCCGGAGCUGCGACUUUUUCCAUAUUCGCACCACGUUCGAGCUUCAAUCGGUAAAUUUACUUGCUCUCAAUUUUUGCUACUGGAAUUUGCUAAUUGUUGCUGGUUAUGUGUUGGUUAAGUUGAAUUUGAUAGAGGUUCAUACGAUUGUGUUUAGAAGGAUUUUAUUGUUGCCAUAGGUGAUUGAUCUUGAGCGUGAGUUGCUAUCACUAGAUUGAUGAUGUUGCUGAAAAUUAAUAUGAUGCAUUUGAAUUGAUUAUGUUCAUGAGAUAGUUGAUUGCUUAAAAAUAUGCAUGUUAGAUGUUUGUGUUUAUGCUUAGACUAUGUGGUGUUAAUUGACGAUAACUUGUUUUGUUUUUUUAAAAGCUUGAGGCAUAUGUUAUCGUUGUUGACAAUGAUAUUAAAUGUGAGAAAUAGAUUGUUUCUUGAAGCACAAAGCAGAAAACACUUGAAAUAAUUGUUGGUGAAAUUGAUUCAUGAGUAUAGAUGUGGGUGGACAUUGAAUGAGAUUGAAGAAAGAUUGAUAAGUUGUUGUUAUGAGAAUUAGUAGGUGGGUGGCAUAUGGUUAUUGUUUGAUGGUUCAAUUUGAAAACGUAACUUGUGUUGUUGUCAAUCCUCGAUGAGCAGAAUUGUGUGAUGAAUUUGGUAAUCCUUGAAAAUUAGAAUGUGGAUGAAUCCAAGUGUUACUAUUCUUGAUUGUUGCAUAUGACAUGAGUUGGGAUUAUUUGUGUUGAAUUUGAAAUGGUUAUAGUGCAGAAUUUUUGUGAUGUUAUUAGCAUGACAUGUAUUUGAAACGGUGGAUUAGAGAAAGUGAGUCAAGGCUGGAAUUUGAGUGUUGAUUUGGUGUUGUUCUGAUGUUAUUUUGAUGCUAAUUCAAUGUGAUAGCAAUGCUGAAAUUAAUAUAGUUUUUUGAUUGUUUGAGUUGUUGAGCAUGUUUAAGGAAAUAAGGUUGAUAUUUGAUGAUUGUGGUUUAUACCUGUGAUUUGCUUGAACUUAAACAAUGCUGAAUUGGUUUGAAUAUUUGUUCUCAUGUUAAUUGAAUAAUCAAUGGUGGCUUUAGCUUUGGUUUUAAAUGUGGAGCAAUGGCAUGAUAUUGGUGUGGUCGUGGAGGUUGUUUUGAAUUGUAUAGAUGCUGAAUUUUCUUGAUGGAUGAGGUUGCCAUGAGUUGUUGUAUUAGUUACUUUGGAAAAUUGGUAGAAAGCUAAAGAAGAAAUGAGGUGAGCAUUGCUUGUGUUUUGUUUUGGGUGUUGAUUCUUGUUGUUGCUUUUUAGUGAAAGAAAAUUUGUAAUAAAAAUGAUGUGGUAACUUGUUGAUUCAUGAGGAUUAAAGCUUGUUAACACUUAAGUUUGUACUAUUUGAAAAUGUUUGAAAAAAUAUGUGAUUUGAAUGUGGUUGAAUUUUAAGUUUUGAUUAUGGAAUAUAGCAUGAUUUUUUAGGCUAUUUGGAACUGUUUUGAAACUUUAGUUAUGCAGAAUUUUUGAGUUUGUUGUGUUGUUGCAUCUUGUCACUUUCUACCCAUGAAACAUAUGCUAUCUCUUGCCAAUCAAUGUGAUGAAUUAUAUUGAGUUUGGGUGUGGUUUCAAGGCAUUUUUGGGACUGGUUUUGUGAGGUUAUUAUGCAGAAUUUUAGCUUGUUCCAAUUACACCAUUUUGUCCAUCUCAUAACUCAUGGAAUUUGCCAUUUUCUUACACUUUUGACAUGAAAAUUGAUAUGUUUGGUUGUUGGUUGACUUCAAGUGAUUAUAUGGUCUGAUUAAAGGCUAAUAGAUGUGUUAGAGGUGCUGAAUUGUUCUGUUUCACUUGUUUGGUGCAUUUCUACGUGUUUUGAGCUUACGCGCGCGGUAUGUCGGCUUUAUCAAAUUGGUCAUAUCUUUUGAUUUAGGAAGAGUUUUUGAGCAUGUGAAUAAUGUUUUUCAUACGUAAUAAUAUUUUCGGAGCUGUUUGUACAGUUUAUUUUCGGUUUCGGCCGACCUUUUUUACCGUUUUCACUACUGCCCCUGUUCCGAAAGUCGUGCUUCCGAGCCGACUUUGUAAUUUCUGAUUGCAUAUUUGACUUCUUUAGCACGUUUUAACCUUGCAAUAAAAUUUUGGUUUAAUUCUGACGAGUUUAGUUUUCACUGUUUUUACCCGGUUUUGCCGUUUCGGUGUACCGUUGUGCAUGUAAAUACUUGUGUUGGCUUCCGUAGUUUUAGUGUACAUAUUUGAUUUGUUUUUGAAUACUAUCUCAUGUUUCUUAUUCACUUUUGUUAUGUUUUCACUUUCUAUUCCGUUAUCCAUUUCCGGUUCACCUUAUAAUUCAAUAGCGCAAUUCCGAUUGCGGUGUCUUGUUAUCUCUAACGUGUGUGCUAGUAUGCAAGGCAACAUGGAGGCUCUGGUCGAUGCCCGCUCUCGUGUUCCGCUUUAUUUGCGGGACACGACAUUUAUCCUCUCUCUGAUUCGCGUUUCUACACGCAUCCUUUAUCAUUAUUCUUGCUUGUCCGGAUUUCUGUUUCCCUUGCAGGUGUAUGGUAUUCGUUGUGCCUGAUGCACACGUUGGCGCGUGAUUUACUUUCAUCGCGCCGAUUCUUGAUUGCUUAUGCGGAUUUUAAUCGGAGUGCUGACAUGUUUGCUGUUGCUUUUGCUAGCUCGCUCGCGGGAUCCUAGUUUACUCGCUCUCUUCGCUUCAGUUUACGGAUCAUCAUCCGUUUGGUAUUGAUUCCGUUUCAUUUUACUUCUUUCUGUACUUUAUCGCUUUCUCGCAUCAUCCCUUAACAUGAGAAGUAGGACCUAGACAUGCAUCUGGCCAAGCCCUCGAAAGAGGCUCUGUUUUUGUUGGUGUGUUUAUAUUUGUGCUUUGCGGCAGGGAGUCACGGUGUAAUAAGUCCUAUAUGGCACUCCGUUAAGUCCUCAUGGAAGGCAUGCGGUCAAGGGUUCGUAAUCAACCCCCGCCUAGUCUCAUCGAGUCUGUUUGGUAGGCGCACGCCUCGCGUUGUUUGCUUCCGAACGUGCAAAAGAUCUUGUUAUCGAGUAUGUCAGGUAAAGGGUUCAUGCAAUCGGACCCCCGUCUUUCCUAUAGCUCGCGUCGCUCGACGUUGAUGCUCGGUGUACGCACGCACCGUUUUCCUUUACGAUCCGUGACGGCUUGGUUGCUGAGAGGGGUCCGCCCUCUUGUCUAUGGCCCGAUCAUUUUCGCGAGGUCUAAUGCUUGGUUGACUUGGGUUGAGCUGCUCCCCUUGGCUAUGGCGGGACCGCUUUUCUACCAUUCGGUCAGUACCGUUGGUUUUGUUUGCUUUACGAGCGGAUGCUCGUUUGUGUGAUAUUAUUGUUUGCUUCCCUUUUCCCUCGUAGGUUGAUUAGUUUAGUUUAGACUGAUACCCUUUGUAUGAUAACAUUAGGUAGCAAGCUUUCCCCCUUAGCUUAGGUCUUUCUCAUGCAUUCUUUAAAACACAAACCACACUCUUUGAUUUUCUCUUCUUAAGAACUUGUUAUUUCCGCUCCAUUCCCAAGCGUAAGCCUCCAAAGGUCGAGCAGCGGAGUGUGAAUGUAACUCGUUCACCUAAAAAACACAAAACAAACAAAAUUAGUUAGCCGAGCUACGGUAGCUCUGAUUCUGCAAAACAGAUACGUAGGCAGCGGGGUAGGGCCCGUGCGAGCACAAUCCUUUCUUUUCCCUACAUUUUGCAUUCAUUUUAGUCCAGAUUAGCGUAGAUUUAUUACACACCCAUAGAUUUAGACACAAGCGUGGAUACCAUCGAGUACGAUGGGCGCGAGGGGUGCUAAUACCUUCCCCUCGCGUAACCGACUCCCUUACCCUUUUUCUCUGGUCGUGAGACCGUUGUUUUGUUUUGUGGUUUGCUGGCAUUCCCUUCCUUUUCAGGAUAAAUAUGUUAGUGGCGACUCUGUUAAUUUUCGCGGUAGCGACAAUACCCCAAAAUUUGCCCAUAUUAUUUUCUUAUUUCCAAGUUCAAAUCAAUACACAAAGCUCCAAGACCUAUCUCCUAAACAAGUGUCUCUGAACUAGGGUUUUGAUUCUCUCAAAGAAAAGUCAGAUUCUGAUAUCUCUAAUGGACUCCAUGGCCUCAUAUAUGCUUCAAAGAAUGCUCAUGCCAAGUUUCAAGCCCUGACUCAAAAGAUUGCUCACUCAAUGGCCCGAACGAUCAAUAAUCGACUAGUUAACCUAAAAGUCAAACUAUAGUCAAACCACAGUCGAAACUUCCGAUUUUUUGUCAACAUCCUCAUUAUGAAGUGUCAUUCAUCAUUUGAUUAAGUAUUGAUCAUGAUUCAUCAAGGAAAGUUCAGAAAUCAACAAAAUCCAAAGUUUCUAAAUUAGGGUUUUUGGACUAAAAGUCAACUGAACUUUGACCAGCCAUAACUUUCACAUGGAGCAUCAAAAAUUUCCCAUCCAACGCUCAAUUUGAAGGAAAUUUAAUUCUCUACAACUUUGUCUCACACAUGCCAAGUCCAAAAAUGCUUCAUUUGGAAGAUAUAAGCCAAAACAUUACAGGUCCUCCUAAAGGAUCGCAAAAAAGUCGUUUUUUCUCAAAGCUUAUAACUUGAACAUGGUAAACUCAAUUGAGAUGAAACCAAAAGGAGGUUUUAGAGGACAUCUUGAGCUUUCCAAAAAGUCAUAGAACACCUUCAUACAAUCAAAAUCGAGAGAGUUAUGCAGUGAUGAAGUUGGACAAUUUUGGGGAAAUGCACAAAAGUCAACUUGAACAAAAUUACUUAUUUUGACUAAUUGGCCUAAGAGUUUCAUCUCAAACAUGUCCAUGGGUAAAAUAAGUAUUCUUGAGCCAAUUAUUUUAUUUUUUAUAACACUUAUUUUUAUUUAGAUGAAUUUUAUUCAUUUAAGUAUAAAUAAAUCACAUAAAAUAUGAAAUAAUUGAAUUAAAUCAUGAGAUUUAUUUUCCAAUCAUAUCAAAUGAUCCAAAUAUCAUAUAUCUCCUUAAAAUUCGUUCAAGGCAUGAUUUGCAUGAUAUUGGACUCAAAAACUAAUUUUAGAAAGAUUUGUGGACAAAUUUCCAAUCAAAUAUUUCACUAUGGUCAUAAGAGAUUUGAGUAAAGAUUAUUAACCUAAUAUCUCCUAGUAUAUAUGCUGAGCACACACAGAAGAUUAGGGGACGGAUUUGGCAGCCCUAAGUGCAACCUUAAACUCUUUAAAAAUUGGCAAACUUUUGAGAAAAUUCGGACCUCUUGUUGCAGCCUCUUUCAAGAGAUUUCAAGCAUUCCAUCGCCUCCCUUGGGUAUCAUAAGGUAACUCCAGGUAACUCUAAAACAUUGAUCACGCAUGGAAUGCAUACAUCACGAACAACAACUUUGCUCAUAUUUUCAAAUUACGUAUUUUACAUGUUAUCGUGUUUUGUUUGAGUUUAAUGGUUCUAACGUGUUUCUAAGACCAUUUAGAGCAGGUUUGUAUCAUUAGUUCGAAGCUUUGAAGCCCUGAACGCACAUCACCAUUGUUAGGGCACAAAGAAGGAGCCCUUCGUUUUUCACGUUAUAGGACGAUUCGGCCUGAACCACUCGUACCAAUGAAUUCCCAGCACGCGAAUUAGUGGACCUGGGUCAAUAUACGUCUUGUUUGGUCUUUCUCUUUUCGUGUUCAAAUUGCAGGUUUUAGGAAAGAAGAACUCGUAGGUAUUUCCGCAGGAGAAAUUGCAGCAAGUUUCAAAGCUAAAUCCGCAGGAAAAUCUAAGAAGAUGAUGAACAGUAGUGUUGGAAUCUUUGACCAACACGCGUGGCUCAAGGGGCGCGUUCCAUUGGCCAGUCAACACUUUCAGAUUCCUCUCUCUCAUUCCAUUGGCUACAAAGCUACACAGCGGGCCCAGUUUGACCAACUUUCUUGAAUUCCGGUUUGACUUAUAAUUUUUAAUUUAUUGAUUGUUAAUGAAUAACCUAAAAACUAGUAAUUGCAGCUCAAUUGGCCAGAACAAGACAUCAAUAUCCUCCCACGCCUUGGUUCGAGCCUGGCGUAAGACACAAUUUUUUUCCUAAUGAAUUACUUGUAGAUUCGGUGCAUCACGUCUUCGUAACUCCACGGUACACCAUCACGCGCAAACCAAUAGAUCUCCAUACGAUCAAAUCUGAGGGACUCAAAGACGCCUGCCUAUCAUGAACCUCACAAGCCUGACCACGUCAAAUCCCAGCUAAGUGUCUUUUAGUUUUUUUUAUUUUCUUUUAUUUUUUCUUAUUUUACUCCUUUUCUUUUUCCUUUCUAUUUUUUUAAGAAAUUUAUUUUUAACAUAUUAUUUAUUAAUUAGAUAAAAUUUUUUUUAUUAUUAUUAUUAUUUUAAGAAAUUUAUUUUUAACAUAUUAUUUAUUAAUUAGAUAAAUUUUGUGACUCUUCAAUUUAUUUAAUGGAACUAUCGAUUUUUCUUUUCUAAACCAAUUGCCUUAACCUUGACUUUAUUUUAGUAGUCAACUUUUAAACCUUUUAGGGUUUGUUCAAUCCCAUUGAUUUAUUCUAUUAGGGUUUGUGCCCAUAACUAACGAAUCUAAAAUGCACUAACACUUUUCUUCUGCAUGCCUAAU